AUGGUUUUCCAAAUAAUUAUUCUGGUGAUCUGCACCAUCUGCCUCAAGAAUUUUGCCAAAGGAGAAUUUCAGCAAAGUCUGGCUAUUACCGACAUCCUGCCCGAGGACAUUAAGCGCUAUGACAAAAUGCGGCCUCCCAAAAAAGAAGGCCAACCUACGAUAGUCUAUUUCCAUGUUACGGUGAUGGGCCUGGACUCUAUCGAUGAGAACUCAAUGACUUAUGUUGCGGAUGUAUUUUUCGCCCAGACGUGGAAGGAUCAUCGAUUGCGUUUGCCGGAAAACAUGACCCAAGAGUACAGAUUGCUGGAAGUCGAUUGGUUAAAGAAUAUGUGGCGUCCGGACUCGUUUUUCAAGAACGCCAAGUCGGUGACUUUCCAGACGAUGACCAUACCAAACCACUAUAUGUGGCUCUAUAAGGACAAAACUAUUUUGUAUAUGGUUAAGCUAACGUUGAAGCUAUCCUGUAUUAUGAAUUUCGCCAUUUAUCCUCAUGAUACCCAGGAGUGCAAACUACAAAUGGAGAGCUUAUCUCACACCACUGAUGACCUGAUUUUUCAAUGGGACCCUACCACGCCUUUGGUGGUGGAUGAGAACAUUGAGCUGCCCCAAGUGGCUCUUAUUCGGAAUGAGACUGCAGAUUGUACGCAGGUCUAUUCCACUGGAAACUUUACCUGCCUGGAGGUGGUCUUCACUCUAAAACGGCGCUUGGUGUAUUAUGUCUUCAACACCUACAUACCCACCUGCAUGAUUGUGAUCAUGUCAUGGGUAUCCUUUUGGAUCAAGCCCGAAGCUGCUCCCGCCCGGGUCACUUUGGGGGUUACAUCGCUGCUGACCUUAUCCACGCAGCACGCCAAGUCGCAGUCGUCACUUCCGCCGGUGUCGUAUCUAAAGGCCGUUGACGCCUUCAUGUCCGUCUGUACUGUGUUUGUGUUCAUGGCUCUCAUGGAGUAUUGUCUGAUUAACAUUGUCCUGAGCGACACACCUAUUCCCAAGCCGAUGGCAUAUCCGCCCAAGCCAGUACCAGGCGAUGGAGCCAAAAAAGAGGGAGAUGGGAAUCCACCAGGGGGGAGUAAUGCGGCGAGCAGUAAGCCCCCGCCCAUGCUGCCACUGGCCGAUGAGAAGAUCGAGAAGAUUGAGAAGAUCUUUGAUGAGAUGACCAAAAAUAAAAGGAUUAUAACAACUACUCGACGUGUGGUAAGACCUCCUCUGGACGCAGAUGGCCCGUGGAUUCCCCGUCAUGAGUCCCGCAUUAUCCUGACACCGACGAUUGCACCGCCACCACCACCUCCACCGCCAUCGGUGCCGGAACCGGAACUACCCAAGCCCAAGCUGACACCCGCCCAGGAGCGCCUCAAGCGGGCCAUCUACAUAGAUCGCUCCUCGCGCGUCCUAUUCCCCGCUCUUUUCGCCAGCCUCAACUGCAUCUACUGGAUUGUGUUCUACGAGUAUCUGUAAGAUCGAAGCCGACUAUCCCUGUACAUACUUUCGAUUUUGUCUUCAAUUGCUAUAUUUUUCUGUCGCUGUCGCUCCAUCCGAGUGUUAAUCGUUGAUUGUUCGCCUAUAUCGAAACAUAUAUUGCAAAUUAACUUUUAAGCUUUCACGCACAAGCUUUAAGUAAAUGAAUUUUAAACAUAGACAAUUUGUUAAACCAAAUAAAUAAAAAACAGAAAGCCACAAGAUAAAUUACAAAUGAUCAAUUCAAUUCCUAAAAUGCUUAAUGUUUAACAAAAAAGUAGCACCGGGUAUAUAUUAAGUGAAUUGUAAUUUAAUGUCUCAAACAAAUGCUUUUAAUUGUAAAUAAAUAGAGAAAC